CUUCGCCAACACGCGUUGCCACAGAUAAAGCUCCAAAACAUACACUGAUAAAAAAUCGUCGCAUUUUUUUGUCAAAAUUGAUUUUUGCGGUUUCGGAUCCGAUGUGGCAUAUGCGGGUAUUCGGGAGCUUUUGAGUAUGUGACGAGCGGCAACGUGUUUGUUUUGAAAGCAACAGAUGAUGUGUUUUUGUGAUAUUUUUGAAAUUUGAAAUUUUUUCAAAUGGCUUUAGAGCUGAGUUCGCAUCCUCCGAUGCCUUUGGACUAUAGUAAUAGUGGAACGAGGGAAAAUUCGAGUAGUCCGGUAAAUGUUUCCGAUUCGGCACCGUCGAGUCCGCCGGGAAGUAGCGCCUUCACGGUCGUAACGCCCAAAGGACGAGACCUUAUGUCCGAUCGAAAUGGCUCUCCUGUUCAGUUUCCUUCGCCGACAGCAUAUGCGAGCUAUUGCAGGACACUCUGGGGCUCGCCUUUCAUGUCAAGCAGCCCUCGCUAUUUAUCUCUUGCUCAGAACCAUUCCGAACAAUCACCCGACAAGUCGAAAGAACCAAUCAACUUCGGCAUCAGUCGACUCGUCACGAAAUCCGACGAUGAAGAGGAACAAACGAACAACAACAACACAAAAUACUAUCAGAAAGACGAAGGAAGUAGCGACGAAAUGAAACUAAACGGCGAUAAUCGAUGGGAUAACUCCCCUAGACCCUCACCUAGCACAUCCCCGGAGUUGGAAGUGGACUCUCCACCACAUUCCCGGACCAACUCGCCUUCACCUCGGCCUCCUUCAGUGACCGAAUUGAAUAAAAUCGAGACUUCGAAAAAAUCUGAAGCGUUUUCGGUCAGCGCUUUACUAAGACCUGACAAUCCAAAGAAAUCAGACGGGCCUUGUUAUCAAGAAACCAUAUCAGUAACUCGAUCAUAUCUUUCUCCGCCAUUCAUGGAUUUACUAAAAGACGCCCAUCUUAAGUCAAAUCCGGAUUAUGGUUUGUCUUUUCUUCCGAGAAACUUUGUACAUCCCGGAUUUUUCCCUCCCGGACUCUACCCCCAAAAGGAGAGCGAAGAAAGGAGCUUUUUGCCAACUCCUACGAAUUUGUAUUUUAGUGCAGUUGCUGCGGCUAUGGCGAAUGGACAGUCGCAACCAGGACAAUAUCCUCCACCCCCCACUUCGGAAGAGCUCUUUAGGUUACGGCAUCACCUUAUGAAUAGUCCAGGGAUUCAUCCGCACCACCACCAUCUGUUGAUGAGGCCCGGAAUGAUGCCUCUAGGGGACGUUUAUUCGUGUAUUAAGUGUGAGAAGAUGUUUUCGACGCCUCAUGGACUCGAAGUCCAUGCCAGGAGGUCGCAUAACGGAAAAAGGCCUUUCGCUUGCGAGCUGUGCAAUAAGACUUUCGGACACGAAAUCAGCCUCAGCCAACACAGAGCUGUCCAUAAUGUGGAAAAAGUAUUCGAAUGCAAACAAUGCGGUAAAUCGUUUAAAAGAUCUUCGACUCUCUCGACUCAUCUCCUUAUACAUUCCGAUACUCGGCCCUACCCUUGCCAAUACUGCGGUAAGAGGUUUCAUCAGAAGUCAGACAUGAAGAAGCACACUUAUAUCCAUACCGGCGAGAAGCCGCACAAGUGCACCGUCUGUGGCAAGGCCUUCAGCCAGUCCUCGAACCUCAUCACGCACUCCAGGAAGCACACUGGCUUCAAGCCCUUCGCCUGCGACCUCUGCGGCCGGGCCUUCCAGCGCAAAGUGGACUUGAGGAGGCACAAGGAGACGCAGCACACUGAGCUCAGGCCCAUCGUCACAUAGUGCCAGACCGCCGGAAGCACCGCCGCGCUUCCGGCCAAGGAGGACGAGGGAGGCAAGUUGAUGCCGGCGUUUAGGCCGCAUUCCCUGAUGGACCAAAAUGCGUCGCAGCCGAUCGCUAAUCAUUUGAUCAGUGCUGAGGCGGGUUCUUCGAAUUUGCAAUUGCCGCCGAUACGUUCAGUGUUUUCUAAUGUUUGUUGGACGUCGUAAACAUACCAAAGACUUACCAAAUUCACUCUAGGCGUUUCAUCUGUGAUUUUUUGACAUCAUAUGAGAUAUGGUGCUAGUUUUGGACUACUUUUGUAUUUGUUUCGAGUCGCGGUAACACCUUUUGGAAUCUGAUUCCGAAGGGAGAAAGCACCGACUUGAGUCACUGUACUAGGUGUUAUUCCAAAUAUUUAAUAUCUAACGUGCAAUUUGUUAUUUCAUAGUGCAAUUUUACGGUUAUUAAUGAUGAUGGAAACAUAUCAAAAGCACUGGCAAUAUUUUCAGAACUUUCUGAAACAUUUUUUGAUUCACUUCUGUGUUGUUCUGAAUGUAAAUUUACUAAUCUAAAAAAAAAAAAAAUAAAAUUUAAAUUUCCAAAUCAAUUUUUUAAAUUUGAAAAUAUUUAGACCUCAAAUUUCAUUUAAUCAAUUUGGAAAUAAAAAUAACCUAUCACCAAAGUAAAUAAUUGACUUCAAACAAAAUUCUCUCAUUAUAGAAAUCAAUCCUAAAAAUAAUUUUUUGUCUGGCAUAACUUAGCUCUUAACUAGCGGCUUCAAACUUUUUCAGGUUUAUAAAAAAAAUCGUAAUUUAAUAGAAACAAAAAAAUGCAAGCCUUUUUUAUAAAACUAAAAAUAAUUUUUUGUCUUAAACUUUUCUAGCAUUUUUAGUGGGUAUACAAACAAGUUUUUAAAUUUCUUUAAUAAAUACAAAGGUUUUUAAAUAAAUUGUAUUUUACUAGAACAAAUACACUUGUUUAUCGCAACAAUUAUAGAUUCAUCUAACAGUUUGAUGAUAUAAUUAUGUGAGAAUAAAUAAUAAAAAAUAUUGUAUUAUAAUAAUUAAAAACAUUUUCGUGAAUCCACAAUUGAUUGUUCUGAAACAGUUUGGUGUUAUCAAUUUGGUGACAAAUAUGUCGUUUUGGGAAAAAACAUAUAAUUAAUAAAUAAUAUACUUAAUAAAUAAAACGUAAUAAAUUAAAAGCCGAUAUCAUAGCAUUCAAAUGUUUUAAUAGUUAUUUGUACAACUAGUUUUGAAAGUCAUACUUGUUUUCACGAAUUUGCAGUUGAUUAACGAGGGCUCUGCCCAAGUUAAUCAAGGAAAUGAGUGAAUAAAAGGMCUUUUAAAACGAGUUGUACACAACAUUUUUUUGCAUAGUGAUAUCCCCAGGUACCCCAAAGACUAAAAAGAUAACAUUUUGAUAAAUCAAAUUGUAAUGUAUCGCGAGCUUUUUGUAAUGAACUCUAUAGAAACUAUAGAAAUCGUUUAAAAAAGUAUAACUUUCUAUACGAUUAAUCGUAAUGAAAAUUCAACUUUCAUAAUCACUAUGCAAAAAAUAGUUUCUUUUUAAGAAUCCAUAUUACAGAUAUUAACGAUUAAAUUAAAAGUGUGAAAUUUAUUUAUUUAUUCUGUGUACCUUCAUACAGGUGAUCAAAAAGUAUUAUUAUAUUAUUAAAAUUAUUAUUUAAAUUUAAAUAUUUUAAAAAAACUUUCAUAUUAGAUUAUCUUUUAGAAAAGCCAAAAACGAAAGCUUGGUUCUACAUAUUUUGUCCCCUUAUGUAUUCUAGUCAGCUCCAACUAGUUUUUUCAGAAGUCAAAAAUUAAAUAAACAAAAUGGUAGUUUAAAUAAAUAAUUUCAAAAAAAAAAUGAAAAAUGGUACAAGACGAGAUACCUACAAUAGAAAAAAGAAAUAUUUUUCUAAAUAAAAAUUUAUGGAUUAAUAAUUGACGGUUGACAAUGCAGUUGUUGUGAUUGCUCUAGAAGUCGAAAAAAGCCGGAAUUUUAGUGUUGCAAGUUGGAGCUAAAAUAUCACUAGUCUCGAAAGUCUCGUAGAGACCAUAUCUUUAUUUACAACAGAGGAGCAACGCCACAGGAAUACAAAGCAGGCUUCCUUGAUUGAGCAACUUGAUUUUUAACCAGAGUUGCCUCCAACUACGGAUUGAAAUCGUAGUCUCGAGGAAAAGCGAGAUUUUGCCCGCAGCACCGCAGCAAAUUGAAAAAUAUUCCAUUCUUUCAAGCAUCUCGUGAAUUAUUUAUCAGAGUCACAAUUAACGUCCAUUAGCAUUGUUUAUUUUGACUGACUCGAAUUUGCGCUAGUUUUUCAGGAAAAUCGCGUGGAAGGGGCAGAUUAACGGCUCCUGAUUAAAUUAUGCACAAUGCGGCGUUGUCAUGUCAUGUAACUCCAUACUCCCAGAGCUGUGGUAGGGAAGAUCACGACACUAGAAAGCUGGUUUCCGGUUUCAGCGUCGUGUCGACACCCCCACUUUCCACCACCAAAGCUGUUUCAAGCUCGCAAAACUGUCAAGUUUCAUUCUCUUAAACGACUGAUUUUACUUCAACAAUUCUAGAUUUGUUAUUUUCAAAGCUCUGCUCUUGAAAAUCUUCACUUGAAAUAUUUAUUGCGAAGAGUGCUGAAAGUAUUGCCAGAUGUCUCGAGUUGUCUGUUCACAUAACGACCACUUUCAUUAUUCAUUAAAGUACAGAAUAUUAUUACUAUUACACGGGAUUAAUUCAUAUUGCAACUCUUAUUGAUCUCACACUAUCAACACGUAAUUAUUUUAACGAAAGUUAUUAUCAGAAUCGGAUAUUGUUCUAGUUACACUAUAAAUUCAUUACUAAUACACUAGUCAAUAAAAAUGUUGUUACCAAAUCCGAUUCUUAUAAUUGAGAUUCACAGUCUACACUUUCCAUUAAGUACAACUUUCCAACGAUAUUAUUUUACAAUACACGAAUGUACAUAUUUUCCAUUACUGUUAUUUUUGUGGAUAGCUUUAGUCAAUGUUAAAUGUAUUAUAAAAUAAUGUAAAUUAUAAAAUUUUAAGUAAAGGCACUUUGUAUGUAAAUGUGAAAAUUCCUGUAAAUAUGCUUAUGUGUACGUUUUAACACACACUUUUAUUCUGUCACCAGAAAGUAAAUAAAAUA